AUGAGUGCACUCUGUUGUUUUGAGGCGAUAGUGCGCCGCUUGUGCACACUCUAUGGUACUUGGCAAAUUCUCUUACAGGAAGUGCUUUCAGAGGUCGUCCCCUGAAAAGAGUUGUGUCGGUGCCGGGGGGUGUAAGAUGACACUGAGAAUAUUGUUUCGGCGAGCAAAGGUGCUCCCUCUAAGGAUAUUGCCAUCUUCUCUUCACUUCAGUUGUGUAUCUGCUGUGCUCUCUAGAUCCCCAUCUCUUCUUCACCCUUACCUCACUGGCCGUCACCAGCCAUUCUCAAUAUCUAGCACUCGCUGGGUGACAUUCAGCAUUCAGGAUGGAGAAGACUUUUCUGAACGAGUCCUCAACAGCCAGCUUCCAGUACUGGUUGAUUUCCAUGCACAGUGGUGUGGUCCUUGUAAGAUCUUGGGUCCCAGACUAGAAAAGAUGGUUGCCAAGCAAAAUGGCAAAGUAACAAUGGCCAAAGUUGAUAUAGAUGAUCACACUGAUCUUGCCAUUGAGUAUGGGGUCUCAGCAGUCCCUACUGUGCUUGCUGUGAAGAAUGGAAAUGUAAUUGACAAAUUUGUUGGGAUUAAAGAUGAAGAUCAAUUGGAUGCCUUCAUUCGCAAGUUGAUUGGCCCCUGAAAAUUCCUUAUGUCCUUAUGCCCAUGAUAUACAAUGUUCCUUUUUAGCGUACCUCAGUCCUGAUAAUUGUUUCAUAAUAUGAUGUUAACAAGUACCUACAAUAAGGCAGGAAACUCACAACUUGAUGUAUGACUAACCAUACAGACCCCCGCCCCCCCAAUGAUAAUUGGUGUUGAUGGAGUACUUACUUGCAUUGCUAGCUAUAGUUGCCCUAGUAUAAGUACAUGAUUUUGUCAGAACAGUUUUAAGUUAAUUUGCAUUGGAUAUGUUGCUAAAAGCUCCAAUAGUACUUUAAGUAUCAAUCAUCCAGAAUGUCUUACUGAAUAAGGAGAGAAAUCCCAACUCUAUAAUUUAAUGUCACCAGUCUACAUUAUAAAAUAGUGUUUAUACAUUGAAACAGCCAAUAUAUAAUGGCCUUAUCGCCAAGACUAUAAACAGAUUGACUUGGUUGCUUGGCAAUAUUUCAACAAGUCUAACUUGAGACAUUAAUUUCUUUAUUGGAAUGUAGAAUUUGGCUUAAUAUUCAGCUGUUUGGUUUAAGAAUUAACCUUUAAAUCAUCCUAAACACUGUGAAGAUAUUUUCUACUUUUAAAAUAAUGCAUUGUAUUAACAUAUUUAGAAUGCAUUUUCUGUCAAAUUCUAGUAGUAACAUGGUUUUGAUUCUUUUUAACAUUACCAGAGAACGUAAACAUUUUAGCAUUUUGUUGUAUUGCCCUGUAUCAUUUAAGGGUAUUGCUGUUAAUCUGGCUUUAUUUAAUCUGGCCACCAGAGGGCAGGUCUUUCUAGGUACUGUAUUUGUGGGAGGGGGUGGGGAACAUGGCCCUGACCCCACAGUAUUUUAUUUUCUGAAGAUUUAGAGAGGUCAGUCAGAUACUUAGCAGACUUGUUUGCUGCCUGCACUGUUUACAUGUAUCACUGAUAACAUUAUAGAAAAAAUAAUAAAUAUUUUUAAUAUGUAUUACAAAAA